GGAGGGUUGGGGGUCGCGCCGGCUCCUCCCGGGUGCCCCCCCGGGCUCGUUGAGAGGCGGGAGGGGGGGGGUCGCGCCGCCGCCCCCCGGGGCGGUCCCGCCGCCGCCGCUCGCCGCGUUCCGCCGGGGCGGGGCAGCGCCGGGCGCCCCGGGGAGCGGUGCCGGUGCCGGUACCGGUGCCCCCGCCAUGCCGAAGCUGCUGCCGGCGCAGGAGGCGGCUCGGAUCUACCACACGAACUACGUGAGGAACGCGCGGGCCAUGGGGGUGCUCUGGGCCCUCUUCACCCUCUGCUUCUCCAUCUUGAUGGUGGUGACCUUCAUCCAACCGUACUGGAUCGGCGACAGCAUCGACACGCCGCAGGCCGGCUACUUCGGCCUCUUCUCCUACUGCAUCGGCAACGCGCUCACCGGCGAGCUCAUCUGCAAAGGCAGCCCCCUCGAUUUCGGCACCAUCCCCUCCAGCGCCUUCAAAACCGCCAUGUUCUUCGUAGGCAUCUCCACCUUCCUCAUCAUCGGCUCCAUCCUCUGCUUCAGCCUCUUCUUCUUCUGCAACGCAGCCACCGUCUAUAAAGUCUGCGCCUGGAUGCAGCUGGCGGCAGCUACCGGGCUGAUGAUCGGCUGCCUGAUCUACCCCGACGGCUGGGACUCGAGCGAGGUGAAGCGCAUGUGCGGGGACAAGACGGACAAGUACACGCUGGGCGCCUGCACCGUGCGCUGGGCAUACAUCCUCUGCAUCAUCGGCAUCCUCGACGCUCUCAUACUCUCUUUCCUGGCCUUUGUGUUGGGGAACCGGCAGGACAACCUCCUCCCGUCCGAUUUUAAAGUGGAAAAUAAAGAAGAGGGCAAUGACUGACAGAGCUGAUCACCAAGGACACCUAGAGCUCUUCUUCCAUCAGCCCUUUUCUUUAAAGUGACUUUUCCAAGAGCUUUAAACUUACCAACUUCUGUGGAUUUUCUACAACAGUUCUUUUCACCAAAGGGACCGCUAUCGGCUCACAGCUCUCGUAGAGUUUAUUUGAUGGGAAGAGCCCAAACUGGACACUUUUUUUUUUUUUUUUGAGUCUAUCAGAAAACCUGGGGAAAAGGGGAGGGGCAACAAUUUGCUGCUUCUUGGGGUUUGUACACCUUCUUUCAAGGAAAUUACUUCUGAAUAAAAAAAAAAAAAAAUUA